UGUCGCGAUCUCCGGCUCACCUCAACCUCUGCCUUCUGGGUUCAGGCAAUUCUCUUGCCUCAGGCUCCUGAGUAGCUGGGAUUACAGGCACGCGCCACCAUGCCCAGCUAAUUUUUUGUAUUUUUAGUAGAGACGGGGUUUCACCAUGUUGACCAGGAUGGUCUCGAACUCUGGACCUCGUGAUCCACCUGCCUCGGCCUCCCAAAGUGCUGAGAUUACAGGCUUGAGCCACUGCACCCGGCCUAUGGGGUUUUUUUAGACGGUGUCUUACUAUGUCACCCAGGCUGAAGUGCAGUGGUAUGAUCUCGGCUCACUACAACCUCCACCUCCCGGGCAUAAGAGAUUUUCCUGCCUUGGCCUCCCCAGUAGCUGGGAUUACAGGUGCCUGCCACUGCACCUGGCUAGAGCUUUCUGGACUUUCUCUGCCCCUUGAGCUGGGAAUAAGCAGUGCCAGGUAACAUAGGAGGGAAUCCUAUGUCCCGCAGUUGCUGAGAGGCCCUGGAAGCCUUCAUCUGGAGCAUGAGGAGCAGGAGAAAUAUUCCUUCUGGAGUGGAGGCCAAGAGUGUCCUUAAAUUCUUACAUCACAAUAAAAGUGAAUCAGCUAGAGGCUGCGGCUUAUGCCUGCAAUCCUAGCAGUUUUGUAGGCCAAGGCAGGCGGGUCACUUGAGGUCAGGAGUUCCAGAGGAAUCUGGCCAACAUGGUGAAACCCCCUCUCUACUAAAAAUGCCAAACAGCCAGGAGUGGCAGGGUGCACCUAUAAUCCCAGCUACUUGGGAGGCUGAGGCAGGAGAAUUGCUUGAACCUGCGAGUCGGGGGUUGCAGUGAGCUGAGAUCGCUUCACUGCCCCCCAGCCUGGGCGACAGAGCAAGACUCCCACCAAAAAAAAAAAAAAAAAAAAAAAAAAUCUGAUCGGAAGAAACUUAAUCAUCUAUGUUAACACCCACCUACGCCUGUGAAAUCCAAUCAAUUAGAGGAAAAGGGUGUGGUCUUCACAGAUGUAUAAAAGGACACUUCAGGAGCCAAGCUCAUUCUUCUCCAGAACCCACAGAGUGGCCUUGGAGACUUCCAAAAGCUACCGGCACUGCACGUGAGACCCUGAUCCCUGAGCUGAACUCAUCGUAAUCGACAGCAAGCUUUGCUGAGAACACAGAUCGAUUUCUGAGGAAAAUGGGCUCAGACUUUCCACAGGCCUUCCAGAAGGAGCUCACCUGUGUCAUCUGCCUGGACUACCUGGUAGACCCUGUCACCAUAGGCUGUGGGCACAGCUUCUGUAGACCCUGUCUCUGCCUUUCCUGGGAAGGAGCCCGAAGUCCUGCCAAUUGCCCUGCAUGCAGGGAACCAUCACACCAAAAGGACUUCAAAACCGAUAUUCUUCUCAAGAAUUUAGUGACCAUUGCCAGAAAAGCCAGUCUCUGGCAGUUCCUGAGCUCCGAGAAACAAAUAUGUGGGACCCAUAAGGAAACAAAGAAGAUGUUCUGUGACAUGGACAAGAGUCUGCUCUGCUCGCUGUGCUCUAACUCUCAGAAGCACAGGGAUCACAAACACUGUCCCAUUGAAGGGGCAGCUGAAGAACGCAGGGAGAAGCUCCUAAAGCAAAUGAGAAUUCUAUGGGAAAAGAUUCAAGAAAAUCAGAGAAAUCUAAAUGAGAAGAGAAAAAGAAUCACCCUCUGGAGGGGCUAUGUGUAUCACCGGGCACUGAUGAUCAGGGAUGAGUAUAGGAAGCUGCAUCCAGUUCUCCAUAAGGAAGAAAAGCAACACUUAGGGAGAUUGUACAAGGCACACAAAGAGAUAUUUCCCCAACUCCUGAGAAGCUGGAUCAACAAGUAUCAAAAGAAGAAACACUUGAAAGAAACGUAUCAGGAACUAAUGGAAAUGUGUCAUAAACCAGAUGUGGAGCUGCUCCAGGAUUUGGGAGACAUCAUGGCAAGGAGCGAGUCUGUGCUGCUGCACAUGCCCCAGCCUGUGAAUCCAGAGCUCACUGCAGAGCCCAUCACUGGACUGGUGCACAGGCUCAACCGCUUCCAAGUGGAAAUUUCCUUCGGUUAUGAAGUAAGCAAUCACAGUAUCAGGCUGUUCGAGGCUGUGAGAAGUUGGAUGGUUAGACCUGACCGGGAAGGUGGAUCUUUGAAUUCUGACAGACCUGACUAUUUUGCUGCAUGGGGAGCCCGGGGCUUCUUCUCUGGGAAACACUACUGGGAGCUGGAUGUGGACGACUCCUGGGACUGGGCUCUGGGAGUCUGUAAGGACUCCUGGAUAAGGAAGAAUGGCACCAUGAUUACAUCUGAGGACAUAUUUCUUCUUUUAUGUGUGAAGGUGGAUGAUCAUUUCCGUCUCUUGACCACCUCUCCAAUGCUUCCUCACUAUGUAGAGAAACCUCUGGGCCGGGUUGGUGUGUUUCUGGAUUUUGAAAGUGGAAGUGUGAGUUUUUUGAAUGUCGCCAAGAGUUCCCUCAUAUGGCGUUACCCAGCUGGCUCCUUAAAGUUCCCUGUCAGGCCUUUCUUUUACACUGGCCACAGAUGAUCAGGAUGAAGAAACCUGACUGUUGGGAACUGCAUGUACGAGGGAGCUGUUCACUGUUGAAGCAAAGGAAUCACACUGUGCAGGCUUUUUUCUACUUUAGUGUCACCUUGUUUUAUUGCUAUUAAAUAAAAAAUAUGUAAAACGCAAUACGUUAUUGCACACUUUCUUACAAUUAAAAUAAUCUCUUAUGGCCCAUUA